GUUUAGAAAGAAACAAUUGAAGAAUUGAAAAGCUGGAUAUCAAUAACAGUCUGUUUCACAAUGAUGGACUGACGUACGUUGCUCUUUUACAUAAAAUCUCAGUGAGAAACAUUGAGGUUGGUUGCUCUAAUGCAACUUUAUGCAAUUAGGUUUGAUGGGUAUAAAACCUUAGUGAGGCUCUCUGUUCGGUGAGCUUCUUAUCUGUGGAAGGGUCUGUCUUUAUAUUUAAACAGGAUAUUAACAGUUAGCUUCCCUCAGGAGUCCUUCCUACAAAUUUCACCACUUCCUCUUCUCUCUUGCUCAUUUCAUCGCUAUUGGCCUCGAGCCAGCCAAUGAGAGCUUGAGAGUAUAAAGGUAGUGGGCACUGAGUGAAACCACAAGGAAACAGGAAGUCAGGGAAAUUCUAAGAAGCGUUUGUCACUUUCACUCAUGCAGUCUUAUACAGAUGCUAAAAUGUGUAACAUGCUCCCACAGAAGGGCCAGAAUGGUAGAUUUAGCUUCAUAUCUCCCUAUUCUCUGGCUUCUUUGCUCACGCUUUAUUCUCUCCGGUGUUCUCCAAAGGUUUGCGCAGAAGAGCACGGCUCUUGUGGCAUGACGACGACUAACAAAGGAAAUAAAGCCUUAAAGGUAAAUGAAAGUGAAGCGUGAGCCGGGGGAAAAUGGCACCAGCCUCACUGACGAGGAGCUGGUGACCAUGUCUGUACGGGAGUUGAACCAGCACCUCCGGGGGCUCUCCAAAGAAGAGAUCCUGCAGCUUAAACAGAGGAGGCGCACCCUCAAGAACCGAGGCUACGCCGCCAGCUGCCGGGUCAAACGGGUCACCCAGAAGGAGGAGCUAGAGAAGCAGAAGGCCCAGCUGCAGCAGGAGGUGGACAAACUGGCCAAUGAGAAUGCUUCCAUGCGCGUCGAGCUUGACGCUCUCCGGUCCAAGUAUGAAGCCUUGCAGACCUUCGCCAGGACUGUGGCACGAAGCCCUAACGUCGGGGUGGGGGUCAGGGCAGGUGGGGGGGGAGGAGGAGGGGUGCCGUCGUCGGUCAUCAGCCCGCUCAUACCUGGGAAGGUGGCGACGGCGACGAGCGUGAUCACGAUAGUCAAGUCAAAGACAGACGCACGGUCUUGAGGGAGAGAAAGCUAAACAAGGGUGUAACAGGAUGGAGCUCAGCUGCAUCAGAGCAAGCCUCCUUCUCUGUCGCUCCCCUCUCCUCCACCUGCACAGACACCCAGCAGCUGGGCGGUGUCACACGGACCACCCCAGCGUGUUCCCAUCAUCCGUCUCAGAUUAGUGCAGAUGAAGGACAGGAUGGAAGCAGAGGAGGCUCACAAAGAGGCUUCUGGUCAGAGCGUGAUCAUCUAGAGCAGACUGGGUCCCUUGGCUAAUAUGUGGAAGCAAAUGUCAGAGAAUUGGAAAAUUUUAUUUAAGGUCACUUGUUAAAUCUCCAGUAUUUAUUUUAGAAAACCUGAAAAAGAACCUUUGGACAUUGUGUUGGGUUUAAUGAAAUGUUGAACUUAAAUUACUGUAUGGAUGCACAAACUGGUCACAAAAUGGCCAUACAAUUAAUCCAUUCUUUUUUCUUAUCCAACAAAGAUGACUCUUUAUUUGUGCAUCGCGUGCAUCUAACUUUGUCCGACUGUUAUAAAAACCCAAAAAGUGCAUCAAAGUACAUACAACAGAAUAAUACAUUUAUAUAAAAAAGCAACAGGAGUCAUUGCCGGAUGCUCUUAAUGGAACAGGGGAAAAAAUGUCAUGUUUAUCCACUAGAUUACCAAUUAGACUUGAUUAAAAAUCUGGUCAGUUCAAAUGUCUUGCAGUUUUGAUUUGGUGCCUCUUCAACUCAUAAAUCGGUACUCAGAGCACCAAGUUAUACAACAGCUAUGUAUUACAAAGAAACAAGUGACCUGCUGAUUAUAGACUGCACUGAAGCCCAGUCUUGUUUCACCCAAGAACUUUUUCAGAAAAGUACUAAUAGAGGAAUCUAUAUUAUACAAUGGUGGUAACUGUAUUUCUACUGUUUUGUACUGUGUUGUCAUUCACAUGAGGUCCAAGGUGUAUUCUCUGUGUGUGAAAUGUUAUAUAUCAGGAAUUCUGUGAAAUUCUGUGGCGAGUGUUUGUUCUGGUAUCGCUAUGUUUAGUUAGUUGUGUUAUUUUCUGUGGUCUUUCACUUUUAAUGUCCAACCCUUCUUUUUUUCCAACUGUUCCUCCUGGCCCUCCAGUUUGAAUUGUUUUUCAAUCGCAGAAAUCUUCCAGUAUUACGUACAAAUCCUCUUUGAUGAGGGGAUUUGUCAAUUACAAGUCCAUAUUUAGCUUAAAUUGAAAUAAGGAAAAUGCAAGAUACCCUAUCAGUUAAAAAAGAAAAUAACCAAGUUACCUUGAUGUGUGAGAGUUUCCAGAAUUUGGAAGGCCAAGUGCCUUGGUUUCAUAAUGAUAUGCACCAAGAGGAGCUGAAGGAGGAUGCAGAUGUAAAGCUGAGCAGCAUUCAUUGCUGGACACAUUUUUGCUAACCCCUGGUAAAGACGUGUAAAAACUAUAAACAGGUCAUGAAAAAAGAAAAACUAUAACCCUUUCUUGAAAUAUGCAUAAUCUCAAACUCAAAAUUUCAGUAAACAACUUGAACAACCAUUCAGUAAAAGAAAAGAAAAUAUUUAGAUGCAUCUUAAAAUAUGCCUGAUUAUGGUUAAGAGUCCCCAUCUGUUCGUCCCUAGGUGAACAGGUUGACGCACCAUUACCAGGGAUAGCAAUAAUUGUGGCCGGCUCUGGAGUUUGUUGUGCAUUGAUUAAGCUUUGCUGUAGCUAUCAGACUCAGAACAAUAAGACUCCUAGACUCCCAGAAUAAUAAUACUCCUUAUUAACUACUGUAUAAGGAAAACUGAAAACACAUUUCCAGAGAAUCUAAAAGGUUUUUUUGUUUUUUUGUUUUUUGUUUUCCUCCCCGGCUUUUACUUAAAAGUAGUCCUCUGUGGUGUUCUAUACUCAAAGAGUCUGUGUAUAGUGGAGUCUGUAAUUUUAUAAAGACAAUUAUCUUUGCAUUGUUUGUAAGUAUCACAAGAUCCGUUUGAUAUACAGUAAUCUCUCUAUUUUGCAAUUGUACCAAAAGUGGCUUAACUACUGAAUAGCUUUGUUUUUUUGUUUUGUUUUUUUUCUUUAGUAAAUAGGCAGGUGUGCGUAACAGUGGACUAGCGUUUGGUAUGCUGUAUAGGUAUGUAACGAGGUGAUUAUUAGCUAUUUUCUGGUUAUGAUUUGGAUCUGUUUAACAUUUCAGCCCAUGGUGGAUGAUGAAAUAAUGCGUAUCUGCACUCUUUCUCUAAUCUAGUCAUCUUUGUGGCCUGGUGAGGUAAUUUGUUAAGCUACACUUGCAAGGAGUGAAUUUGAACAUUUUUGCUUUUUUAACAAAUUUCAGAGCGGGCUGAUACGGAAUUACUUUCUCUGCCAGUGCUGAUCUGGAGGUCCUGUUGCUUUGGGGAUCAAAUUACAGACGGGCUCAAUAAUCUUGUCUCUUCGAGUUAUCUUGAUAAGAUAGCAGAAAAGUGAAACUCUGUGAUUGGGGCUUUGUGGCUGCAUCUUCUCUAAUCCUUCAGUAACUUAUUUUUCUACUGUGUGUUUAAAGCACUCUGUUUUUCUCUGUAUAUUUUAUGUAUAUUUAAUGUUGUUGUUGUGUUAGUUUUUGAGCUCUUCUGGAAGUGUCAGGGACGUUUAAUGAUAUUUGUAAGUGUAUACGGUGUUUUAUAAAGUGGAAAGACUAUAUUCUACUAUUUCAUGGUUUGUCUAUCUGGGUAAGGUUGACCUUUUUUCUUAGUACGAUAAUCCCAAGCAUUUAUAACCUGGUUUUAAACAUUUGUUUUCAUGAAAUGCAAACAAUUCAUUAGGUUUAAACCAUUAAUGUUAAAGAUGCACAAAUCAGGGUUUUAAUUGCAAAUACCAGUUUCCGAUUAUCUUUGUGGUCCAACUCGCUCAGUGGAGGUUUUUAGGUUUUUUUUUUUUUUUUUUUUUUUACAAGCACUGUAUUGCAGAAAAAAAACACCUCAUAUAGGGUUAAUAGACUAAAAGGUAAAUUAAUUGAUUUAUAGAUUAUUUUAGUUCAUGAACCAAAGCCUUUGUUCUUAACUUUCUCUGCUAAACAAAAGCAUGUGAGAGAUGCUAAUGCACUAAUCAGGCUUUGGUGGCCAAUACCGAUUUUCAGAGAAAUCAGUGCGGAUUGCCAGUUCAGAAUUAUGCAGAUUUUGUUUAUUUGAUGUGUGUCUUUUUACAAUAGGAGGGUUUCUUUUUUUGUUUUGUUAGAACUGUAACAAUGUAUUCUUUCAAAUUCAAGAAAACUAAAGGUUAAGUUUCAUUCACGUAUCAAAGCAGUUGUCCCUAAGCCUUAUCUGAUUUAUCUGAACUAAAAGCCAAAAAUUACAUUAAAAAAGGCUGAUUUUUAGUUUAUUUAUGAACCUCCAGAAAGGUGGGGAUUAGCUUUUAUGAUGCUUUUAAUGAACAGAAAGAAAAAAUACUUUCUUUCACCCCCUUUGAUUUCAACCAUCCAAGCAAAGGACAGAAUUAGCUGAACUUUUACUCCUCUUUGAAGUAAAGUUGGUCAGAUCAGUAAAUUGGUCCUCAACCUUGUAAAUUAUCAAAUAAUUUUGAAAUCAACAGUGAGAGAAAGUUAGCAUUUCAUGCAGAAUUAUAUGUUUGCAUGUUAAAGCCUACCCAUAUGACACACUUUUAUUUUAUUAACCUGUUUUCUUUCUUUUUUUUUUCAGUUAAACUUUUUUGGCCCACUGCUGUCAGUGCCUCUGUUAAACAGUGUUUCAUCCUACUCUGUGCUCUCCACAGCUUGCAUAGGAUCCAAUCUGUGAAAGCACAAAUGUGUUAAACCGACAUAUUUAUUAUGUAAAAUAUGUUGGGUAAAAUUAAGAGUCCUGCCUCACUGGAGGAGUGAUGCUAUCUGUGUUUGGUUGUCAGGUUGUUUGUUUUUUAAUUGCAGGUGCAACGUGAUGUGAUGAGGUUAAAGCAUUUUAUACACGUUAAUGAAAAGUGAUGCAGCUUUGCCUCCGUCUAGUUAUGGCUUCGAGUCUUUUAGCUUUUACAUAGUUUUCCUUGAAAGUUAACUGUGACGUCUGAAAUGAUAAAUCUCUUUAAUUAGUUUCCAAAAUGAGGGGAGGAUAUAAAAUAAACUUCUAACAUGUGACUUACAGGCACCACUGGUAAAGAUGUAUAAAAAAAAAAAAAACAGACCCAACUUAGGUUAAUGUACGUUGAGAAAGACCAACACAGAAGAUUCUGCCUACAGCUAUCAAUACCUACAACAAUUCGAUAAAAAAA